UUCAUUGGUUUCCAGAUUACGGCUAUUCUGGCGAAACGUAAGUCAGAGAAAGUGCGACAAAGAGAUUAUCUUCAGCUCAUGAUUGACGCCCAGAACCGCAUGAAUGCAGACACCGAUGAACUGGAUGUCGACGACUUGGAUGAAGAGAUUUACGGGAAAACAGAAACGAAAGUAAAUAUUAAUAAUAAUAACGAGUCGACCAAAACUAAGGGCACGGGUCUGACCGAUAAUGACAUAAUGGCCACUAGUUUCAUAUUCUUUGUGGCCGGGUAUGAGACAACCGCUGCCCUCCUGUCACACGUUUUCUAUAGUCUGGCGAUCAAUGAAAAGUGUCAACAAAAACUGUACGAAGAAGUAAAUGGUUUGGACGGAAAGUAUGAUUACGAGAGUGUCUCCAAAAUGCCGUAUUUGGAGGCAUGUAUUGCCGAAACACUCAGACUUUAUAAUCCCAUUCCCGUAAUUAAUAGACACGCGUCUCAGGAGUAUACUCUAGGUGAUACCGGACUGACAAUCCCAAAGGGAAUGAAUGUUUUCUUUGAUGCCUAUACUAUCCAUCACAGCCCUGAAUACUACCCAAACCCCGAGCGCUGGGAUCCCGAGAGGUUUAUGCCGGAGAAUAGGGACCAAUUGACUCCAUACACGUAUAUGCCGUUCGGGACGGGACCCCGAAAUUGU